AGAAAGAAGAAGGAAACCUAAUCUUUACGAACCAGAAUUGAUAAAGCAAACCCUAAUGCUAAUCAGGGCAGAUUUGGCUGUAAUUCUGAAAUAAGGAGAAGCUGCCAGCCUGCCAUGGAAACAAAAGCAAAACGGCAGCCAUUUUGAAAGCAAGAGAAUACAAAGGUUAACUGAGGAAGAAACGGGUCUUACUGUUUUCUCUUCCUCUCUCUCGUUCGCGGCACUUUAAAAUCGACUCAGCCUUCGUCGAAUCUCCUCUACACAACAAAGAUCUCUACCUAUGAAGAAGAAGAAGAGUGAAAAGUCCAAGCAUGAUGCUGCUAUUGUUUCUGUCUCAGAUAUCAAGUCGCUGAUUCGCGAAAAUGCUCUCUUCUUUGAUAAUCUAAUCGAACUUAUUCCAGCCAAGUUUUACCUUCCGAGCGAUGAGCCUAAACCAUGGUUCCAAGGGUUAAGCAAAGCUGCCAAGGCCUCCGCGAAACAGCAAAACAAAGAGCACAAAAAGAUUAUACGUCGCGAACGCCUCGACCCGGAGAAAUCUCAAACCACCACCCUAGAUUUGCUUAAACAAAGCAUCGAAAAAGAACGAGAGAAGAAUGAGUCAGACAAUGAAGAAGAAGAAGAUGAUGAUGAGGAGGAAGAAGAUAUCAAACCAAUUAAGAAUUUUGGUGGUGGUGAUGAUAAGUCGGUUACCUACGACGAGCUCCGUCAGCGCCUUCACCGUAGGCUUGAAGAGAUGAGAGGGGACCGGUUUGGUAGUGAGGAGUCAAAGGCUAUAAGGAGAGAGAAGAAAGAUAUCUAUUUGAUGAAUAAGAGGAAAAGAAUGUCUGAGAAUGGAGAGAAGAAUAAAAAGGUUGUAGCCAAGGCGGAAACAGAGAAGCACGUGGAAGAGGCGGCUAGUGGUAUUCAAUUUGGAAAAGUGAAGCUUGGAGGAGAGGAUGAAAGUGAAUUGAGGAAGAAUAAGAGAAGGAAGUUGUCGAAAGAAAAGGAGCUGGAGAGGGCCAUGAGUUUGGCAGAAGAAAAGAAGGACCCAGAGAAAGGGAAAAAACAUUCUUGGACGGCUGCAUUGAGCAGGGCGUCUGGAGUGAAGGUGCACGAUGAUCCGAAAUUGCUGAAGCAAAGGAUGCACAAGGAGAAGAAGAAACAUGAGAAGAAUGUGGAGAAGUGGAAGGAUAGAAUUGAGACUAAGGAUAAGAUGAAGAAGGAUAAACAGAAGAAGAGGACAGAUAAUAUAAGUGGCAAAAUUCAUGAGAAGAAGAUGAAGAAAAUUGCAAAAAGAGAGAAGAAGCUCAUGAGGCCUGGUUUUGAAGGAAGGAAAGAAGGUUACAUCACUACUACUACUGAAAAUUGAGGUGCCUAUCUUUCUCAUCUUUAAAUUGUAAUAUGAUCUAUCAUCAUCAUCAUCUUCAUUAUCUGUUCUCCUUAAAACAUAGGGCUUGAAGAAGUGUCUUGAUCAUCUUUUUUUUUUAAUGUUUGUUGAAGAUUUCCUAGGAUUGAUUACUCAGUUACUUUUUGGCCCAUAUAUAUUUUUCAAUUAAACAUAUGUUGUGUUA